AUGGAGGAAAAUCAGACAAUGGUCACAGAGUUUGUCCUGCUUGGAUUCUGCCUUGGCCCAAAGAUUCACCGAAUUCUUUUUGCAUCUUUCUCCCUAUUCUAUGCCAUUACCCUGGUGGGGAAUGGGGUCAUCCUUGGAAUAAUCUGUCGAGACUCCAGACUCCACAACCCCAUGUACUUCUUCCUCUCCCAUCUGGCCAUCGUUGACAUUGCCUAUGCCUGCAACACCGUGCCCCAGAUGCUAGUGAACCUGCUAGAUCCAUUCAAACCUAUUUCCUUUGCUGGAUGCAUGACACAGACCUUUCUCUUUUUGGCCUUUGCACACACAGAAUGUCUCCUCCUCGUGGUGAUGUCCUAUGAUCGGUAUGUAGCCAUCUGUCACCCACUCCGAUAUUCUUCCAUCAUGGACUGGAGGAACUGUGCUGCUCUGGUUAUCACAUCCUGGGCAUGUGGCUCCCUCCUUGGUAUGGUUCAUAUGAGCCUUAUCCUGAGGCUGCCCUUCUGUGGACCUCAUGAAAUCAAUCACUUCUUCUGUGAAAUCCUGUCUGUUCUCAAGCUGGCCUGUGCUGAUACAACACUCAACAAAGUCGUCAUCUUUGCAGCUUCUGUGUUCAUCUUAGUAGGACCCUUAUGCUUGGUGCUGAUCUCCUACACACGCAUCCUGGUGUCUGUUCUGAAGAUGCAGUCAGGGGAGGGCCGCAGAAAGGCCUUCUCUACCUGCUCCUCCCACCUCUGUGUGGUAGGGCUCUUCUUUGGCAGCGCCAUUGUCAUGUACAUGGCCCCCAAGUCCCAACACCCAGAAGAGCAGCAGAAGAUUCUUUUCCUGUUUUACAGUUUUUUCAACCCCAUGCUGAACCCCCUGAUCUACAGUCUGAGGAAUGCUGAGGUUAAGGGUGCUCUCAGGAGAGCACUGGGUAAAGAAACUCAUUCCCAGUUGGUGUGA